GUGGUACCAGACCCACCAGGACUUACACCAUGGCUCUGGCGGCUCUCCUGCUGGUUUCGGUGGCAGCGGCCACUACGCAGGCCCUAUGUCCGCACGAGGCCACCGACCUCCUGCCAUGGAGUGCGGCAGCCUCCUGGGACGGCCAGGCGGUGCCUUCCGGCGGUGACAUCACGAUCGACAGACCUAUUUUGUUGGACGUCAGCUCUGCUCCGAUGGGGACGAUUACCAUCACCGCCGGUGGACGCCUCGUCUUCGACGCCACCUCCCCCACGACGCUGACGCUGAGCGCCAACAUGGUGGAGCUCACCGGCGGAGAAUUCUGGAUCGGCUCGGAGGACUGUCCGUACACCGGAGACGCCGAGGUUCUUCUCACCGGCACACGCGACGAGAGCGAGGGCGCCCCCGGCGUGCAGAAGGCCGUCCUCGUUCGUGAGGGUGUCUUGGAAGUACACGGCCAGCCCAAGCUGUCUUGGACCAGUCUUACAGCAACGGUUCCCAAGACGUCGCGCCAAGACAUUGCCGGCAACGCGAUUCACAGCGCCCUUGACAGCGAUAAUCUGAGAGGAAACGGAAUUUUCAUGUUCGAAUUUGACAGCUCUGGCAAAAGCGUUCGCAACUGGCGGCGAGUGACGAAUCCCUCAAAGUUCACUGGUCGAAAAGGAAACGUUGGAAGCAUCAUCACAGUUGUCGUGAAGGAGAGAGCCAAUUUCGGGACAAACUUCCCACCGUCGGAAAUAGCGGCAGCAUUCGAAGAUCUCUGCUAUGACGGACAGCGAACCAGCGCCUUGAGUAGCAUGGCGAACAACGAGCUGACGGCGUUCGCGGCCAUCUGCCACAUCGGCUUCCCGGAGAACAGCGUGGAAGCGGCGGGCACCGUCAGCAACGACCGUUCCCAGACGGGACUGCUGGUGCAGCGGAUCGGCGACGUCGAGUUCGCCGCCAUGUCUGUGGUCUCCCUGGUCGGACUGCGAACAGCUCAUCAUGUCGAGAUGAUUUCUUAUCCAUCUGGCAGCGUUCCGUCCCUGGAGAGGACACUUACGCUGGCUGAUCCUGUCACUAGCUGGAGCGCGGGCGAUCGCAUCGUACUAGCCUCGACCGACUACGAUCACAGCCAGUCUGAAGAGUUCGAGAUCCUGCAGUGCGAUACUUGCACUGAGAAUCAGGUGAAGGUUCUCGGCCCGGUUUGGUAUACCCACUGGGGUGAGGUAACCGAUGGUGUUGAAAUGCAGGCUGAGGUAGGAAUGCUCACACGCAACGUCCGCUUCCAUGGCCAGAUGGAGGACUCUUGCUACGGAGGCAACCAAUGUGAUAUCUUUGACUACGACACGUUCGGGGGACAGAUCAAAAUGCUAAGGAAUUUCAAUGCCGCCAGGAUUGAGAACGCCGAGUUUUACCACAUGGGCCAGCAAUCUGUCUUGGGAUCCUACCCGAUUCACUUCCACAUGUGUCUGGAUACGUCUGAGAAGGACGUCUAUAUUCGCGGGAACUCCAUUCACCAUACUUUCUCCCGCUGUCUGACCAUUCAUGGUACACAUAAUGUAACCGUGCAUGACAACGUUGCUUAUCAUCACAUGGGCCACUGCUUCUUCCUGGAGGAUGGUGGAGAGCAGCACAACGAGUUCGUCGGUAAUCUGGGUCUCGGCACCAGAGCUGGCACUCUGCUCCCUACCGACAGGGUCAAUGCCGUGAGCACUUUCUGGAUCACAAAUCCCGACAACACGCUGAUAAACAACCGUGCUGCCGGCUCUGAGGGCAUGGGCAUCUGGAUUCUGAUGCCGUUCUUCCCGACAGGACCUUCAGCCAACGUAGAUAUGGGCCUGUUGGAAAGCCAGACGCUCCGUACUCUGGUUCCGGCUUUCCAGGGUAACCGGGCUCACUCCAACCGCAAGUUUGGCUUCCGUCUAGACGAUAUUUUGCUAGAUGAUGGCACCGUCCAACCGGCGAGCUACAAGCCACUGGUGGACCCCAGUGACCCAAGAAGCGAGCCGGCUUUCCUUCAUCUGGACGAUUUUGUCGGCUACAAGAACUCUGAGGCAGUCUGGAUUAAGUCUUUCUGGACGCUGUGCACAAACUUCCGUCUAGCCGAGAACACCAUCGGCCUCAUAUUUGCUUCCUCUCAACCAGCUAACCCCGGUCUUCAUUAUGAGAUGCUUGCCAACUCUCGUGUGGUGGGCAACACGGACAACAAAGGUGAGCCAGAGGGCAACUUCACAGUGAGUUCCGGAGAGGUUGUGGAAUUCGAUCGCUCACUACCAAUAAUAGGUAAACGCGAUGCCCAGCUCGGCGUGGCGUUCUAUCGUGGUCCUGUUCACGUAAUCAAUACCUCGUUCUCUGGAUUCACCAGCAAUCCGCUGCGUAACGCAGGAGCGAUCAGCAAGAAACCUUCAAAUCCGUACAUCUCAUCGCCCAUCGCCAGCGUCCGCAAUGUGACAUUUGACUUCGCUGACCCCGCGGAAGGCUCUCGCUUCUUUGACGGCGAUGGAACCGUCUUUGGCUUCGAAGAGCGAGACGGCAACCGCCACAACAUCGUGCUCGACGUCGACGGCUCCCUGACGACCGUGGCCGGUACCAGCAUCGUACGACCGAUCCCCAUGCUGAUGAACGCCCGCUGCGUGCUGAUGCCCACCUGGGGCCCGGGCGCGGCACUCUGCCCCGAUCGGUUCUCACGGCUUCAGCUCUCGGCCAAUCUCAUUCCGUCCUUCAUGACCCGCAACGACCUGAUGUCGUCGGAGGUGGAGACGCCGCUCGCUGAGCAGCAGACCAGCUACUCGCUCAACACACGCGAGUCGUACAUCCUGCACUUCAACACCACCGUGCCGCAGCAGUUCAGGAUCGCGCCGCUGGGUCUGGAGCAGGGUCUGCAGCAGGUGGUUGGCGUCUGCGUCGGCGUUGACCAGGCGUUUGUCGUGAGACCCAACACCUACACGGCGGCCCUCAGCAAGGAGGAGGUCCUGGCCGACGACAACAACACCAAGUACUUCUACGACGUCGAUGCAGGAAUCGUCACAUUCAGGUUCACGCACCCGUACCCCCGUGGAGAGAGCACACUGGCCCACUGCCCUGGAGUGCUGGACGAAGAUCUGAACGGCGUGUGCGGGCCGCGGGUCAGAAUCGUCCUGACUGCUUCCAACGAUGACGGCGACUGUCGCCAGAGAGCCUACCCGGCCUACCAGACACCUCCCGUGACGGCUGAAGGGGCCCUCACCGUGCCCGUGUUCCAGUAAAGCCUAACCAGACGCCACACAUGUCGGCCCUGUGACGAUGUUCCAAUACAUUGGAUUUGUCUGAUGCCACCCAUCGGUAGAAUACAUGGUCACAUGAACUUUCGGAGAUUGGCUGAUAUUGUUUGGAUUUUUGUUUUGGCUAAAAUGGUAAUUUAUGUAAUAUUUGAGGCUAGGUCUACAUCAUUUGGGCUUACGAGCAUUUUGCAAAAUCAUUAAGGGGCGUUUGAACCGGUUUUAGACAUUUAAUUAUGGUCGUGUAGUUCAAUAACAAAUUUUUGACGUCAGAAAUAGGUAUGCAUGCAUUUUUGACUGUUUUAAUUGUAUUUUAAGUCCAAAACAUGUUUUGAUUUUGAUUUUGUCGGAAAACGGUUGUAGGUACUAUACUGCUUGCAUAAUGCAUAUGUCCAAUAAAUAUUUUUCAAGGU